CUCCUCCUCGCCCCCGCGCCCGCACCACCGCACGUGCACCCCUCAAACUCGCCAUCGCCCAUCCCCGGUCAACUCCACCCCCACCCGCCACCCAGCCCCCGGCGCUCCAGGCAAAUGCAGAGAGAUCGCGAGUUCGCGACACGCGCGGAUCGAAUGCCUCCCCGCUCCCAUUCUCCCACAGUCCAAUCCGCUGUACUAGGCUUGUAGCCCGUGUGUAAACUAUUCCCUACUUCCGUUACAGCUGUCUCCUCCUCCUCCUUCUCCUUCUCCUUCUCCCCCCGGGCUUAAAGGAUCCUCGUCGCGGAGCCGUGCGGGGUCCCCCUCGCCCUCGCCCCAAUGGCCGUGCAUUCCUCGGCCGCCUCCGACCUCUUGCCGGGAUCCCCGGGUGGAUGGUAGCAGGGGUGGAGGUAGGAGGAAGGGCGCGCGCUCCUGGCUGUCUGGCUGCGGUGCGGGCAGGGGCAUCGGUAGCUGCGGUGCUGCUCCCUUGGGGGGUGGGUUUGGGUGGUUUUUGGAUCGUGGGGGAGAGGAGCCGAGAUUCUUUGUGAUGCACUGGGCUCGUGUUCAUACUUCAAACUGACAAACAAAAAAGGUUCUUUAACCGGCUUCAGCGAUUAAUGGCCUUCACUGGGGAGGAAAAAAUGAAGGGUUGUCGCCCAAAACUUUUCGGAGCAAAGGAGAAUAAAGUCUCAAACAGAACAGACAAACCAAGUUGCAACACCGGGAAGUUUGGUCCAAGUUCUUCUAAUGCUGCGUCAUCUUCCCCCCUAAGGGCAUUUUCAGAAGUUAAGGGCAUGCGUCUCAGUCAUUUCCUGGCGCAAACUCCUAAUAAUACAACAACUGAGCCCGUCAGAAUAUUUGUUGCCACCUGGAACGUUGGAGGAAAAGCACCUACAGCUGAGCUGAACCUGGAUGAUUUUCUUCCCCCUGAUGAUCAUUCAGAUAUUUAUGUUUUGGGUUUUCAGGAAAUUGUUCCUCUCAAUGCUGGCAAUGUGCUUGUAAUAGAAGACAACGAACCAGCUGCCAGAUGGCUUGUUCUUAUAAACCAAGCAUUAAACCGGCCAGCUGAAACCAAUGCCAAUGUCUUUCAGAAUGAGCCAUCUCCCUCUGUUGAUUCUAGUGUCUCUCGAGCUUCUUCAAGCCUCGAUACUUCGUUCUCUGACCUAGCAAAAACAUCAAGUAGUUCCACAAUCUUCCAGAAGUCUAAUCUAAAAUCCAUUAGAAAAUCCUUCAUGCCAGUCCAUCGAAAACGGCUUAAGGCCUGCAACUGCCCUGUAGAGAUGGCCAAAUCAUCCUACAGGGAUGCUUGCUUUGGUUGCCCCAAAGCAUAUGCUUACGAAAUAGAUUCGUCAGAAGAGGAUGAACGGGAAGAAAAGAAAGGGCAAUCAAGGGAUUCUAAUGGAUCUGUGCGCAGUGAAGUAAUUUCUCCUCCCACCGCAAGGGAUGAACUAAAAUAUAAUCUUAUAGCAUGUAAACAAAUGGUUGGCAUUUUUGUAAUGGUAUGGGUGAAGAAGGAACUAGUGCAGCACAUUGGUCAUCUAAGAACGUCUUGCAUAGGGCGAGGAAUUCUGGGUUGUCUUGGAAACAAGGGAUGCAUAUCAGUGAGCAUGACACUGCACCAGACAAGCUUUUGUUUCAUCUGCAGCCAUUUGGCUUCAGGUCAGAAAGAAGGUGAUGAAUUCCGGAGGAACUCUGAUGUUCUUGAGAUACUGAGGCUUACACUGUUUUCAAGGAUUUGCAGGAGAGGUGUGCGAAAAAUCCCAGAGAAAAUUCUUGAGCAUGAUAAGGUGAUAUGGUUCGGAGAUCUGAACUAUCGUAUCGCACUGAGCUAUGCAGAUACCAAAAAUUUUUUGAUGGAAAAUAAUUGGGAUGUUCUCUUUGAAAGGGAUCAGCUCAAAAUCGAACGUGAUGCUGGGAGAGUAUUUAAGGGGUGGAAUGAGGGGAAGAUUUUUUUUGCUCCAACAUACAAAUACUCCUAUAACUCAGAUGCUUAUGCUAGUGAGACUGCAACAUCAAAUAAAAAGAGGAGAACACCAGCAUGGUGUGAUAGAAUAUUGUGGCGCGGGGAUGGUAUUUUGCAACUAUCCUACUACCGUGGGGAGUCUAGAUUUUCCGACCAUCGGCCUGUUUGUGGGACCUUCAUUGUUGAAGUUGAGGUACUAAACAGAAAGGCAAAGAUGCGGCCAUCAAAUGCUAACAUGAAAAUCGGAGCUGAAGAGCUCUUACCACAGGGAAACAAUAAGGGUAAAGGUUCAUCACGAAGCAUGAACUCUCCAAAAAUAUCGUAAUAACCUGCAGAAGUCAGACAGUUUCGUUUUUGAGUCAUUAGCACUCAGGAGUCAAGAUGUACUCUUUGGCCCUGUUUGGAUGAGUGGUAGAUAAAUCCUCCUCCUAACAGGCUCUUGGAGUGCCUGUUAUACAUACGCCUUGGAAGGAAGGUGAUGAUUAAAUUUGUGCAGCAAAUUUAGUUAUUCUUUCCAACGAAAUGGUUGGAUACAUAUUCGACGAGUUGCUUACCAGUUUACUACCCAAAUACUCCUAACCUAGACUCCUUGUUGGUAGGGCAAAAAUGCAGAGUGUUUUUUUUUCCCUUUGCAAAGGUUACUGAGUACUGACCCUGAUGUAGGCCUGCUUUGGUAGUUUGAGGUUAUUUACAUGGAAGAAAAAAAAUGUACUGAUGAACGUAAUGUUCACAACGGUUCUUCUCCUUUGUGUAGAUUCGAUCUGGUGCAGCUUUCAUGAAAUCAUGCUUGAAAGACUUUGAUCAUAUGAGCCAGUUGAGUACCCGCAUGUAGAGCUGCAUGACGGGAUGAAAAUGGUGGUGAAAAUUUCCGACGGAUUGAGCAUUGUUACCAUUUUCAAUUUUAGCUAUAUAUAAGAUAUUGAUUUUUUUUUAA